GGUCCGGGUUGCUAUCUCACGAUAUCCUCAAUAUUCCUCUCCACUCGAUAUCCAUACCUGCCAUACCAACCAACAAUGUCAACCUCGAAUAUAACCCUAUCAUCCAACAUCCUCGGCACAAUCGGUACAGUCCUCUGGUGCAUCCAAUUAAUCCCUCAAAUAUGGCACAACUGGCGCCGCAAGAACACAGAUGGAUUUCCUGCUUCGAUGAUGUUUCUCUGGGCAUGCUGUUCCGUACCAAUGGGAGCAUAUCUGAUUCUGCAGCAAGUCAAUAUCCCAUUACAGAUCCAACCUCAGAUCUUUGGGUUCUUUUCGCUUGUUAGUUGGGGUCAGAUUCUUUACUAUAAUCAUGACUAUAGCAAGACCAGGGCUGUUUUGGUUUGCUCGGGGAUGAUUGUUUUGUUUGGAGGGUUGGAGGCUCUUCUGAUUCUUACUUUGAGGAUUCCAUAUAAUAAUGGUGUGACAUGGCCUGAUAUUGUGGUUGGGGUUGUGGCUACUCUCUUUCUCAGUGCGGGUCUGUUGCCGCCGUACUUUGAGCUGUGGAAGAGAGAUGGGCGCGUUAUUGGGUUCAAUGCUAAUGUGGAUACAGCGGCUCAAGGCUCAUUUGAUAUCUUGGGAGGGAUUAUGUAUAUCUUGGUGGUUCUUCUCGAAGCGGGAAUAUAUAUCAGCCAUAUUAUCUGGCGCAUUCGAUACCGCAAGCUGCGCAAAGAGGCAAAAGCUACAGGCAUGAGCAUUGAUGAACUACUUUCCAUGGAUGGAAACAAUAUUCGAGACACGCAGGACCUAGAGAAAGGGGCUAUCCCUGGUUCUGAGGUGACUGAGAAUCAGACACGUACGCAUGUGAAACGAGGAACAUCAGAUGAUGAACGAAAUGAUCCUAUUGCAAAGUGUUGA